AUGCUGGCAGCUAGAGCGUCAACGGCGCGCAACAUCCAGCGCAUAGCGCGUUCAUUCGCUACCGCGGUUGACACGGCUGGUGUAAAGGUCGCCUCAGUGAACUACAACCAGCCCACGUCGUCCGUGACGGUCCUCGUCAAGGCUGGCAGCCGGUUCGAAACCAAGGACGGCGUCGCCAAUGCACUCAAAAACUUUGCCUUCAAGAGCACGGCAAAACGUUCUGCGAUCGGGACAGUUCGUGAGAGCGAGCUUUACGGGGGCGUCUUGUCAGCUAGCCUCGGAAGGGAGUACCUCGCUCUGUCUGCCGAGUUUUUGCGUGGUGAUGAGCCAUUUUUCGUUGACCUCCUCACCUCCUUUAUCACUUCAGCCAAGUUCACUCGCCACGAGUUCGAAGAAUACGUCCUCCGUCUUAUAGAAGCUGAUACAGAAGCAGCUGUAGAAAAUCCCACCUCUCGUGCCAUUGACGUUGCGCACUCCCUUGCCUUCCGUUCCGGCCUUGGCAAGUCCCUCUUCGCUCCAGCACACAACUCCCUCACGGUAGCCGACGUCAAGGCUUUCGCCUCCUCCUCCUUCACGAAGGGAAACGUUGCUGUCUUGGGCACAGGCAUCGACCAGAGUACCCUGUCUAGCCUCGUCGAGAAAGCCUUUGCUUCCGCUCCCAGUGCUUCCACCACCUCCUCCACAUCCCCGACCUCUUACUUCGGUGGAGAAACGCGUCUCCAGUCUCACCACGGACCCCAGACCGUGUUCAUCGGCUUUGGGACCACUGGUUCUCCUUCUGCAUCCCUUGCCGCGCUUUCAGCUCAUCUCUCACCUGCUCCCUCGGUGAAGUGGUCGAAAGGAAUCUCGUCAAUCGCAACAGGCAUUCCGGAGGGCACUUCCGUUCAGACCGUCUAUCUGCCCUACUCUGAUGCGAGCCUGUUUGGGUUGCUUGUCCAAGGUUCGACCGCGGCGGGUGUCAAGGAGGCGGGUAAGGUUGCUGUUCAGGCGCUGAAGGCGUCGGCUAGCGGGCUUAAGGAGGAAGACUUGAAGAGGGCCAUCGCCAAGGCUAAAUUCAACGCUGCCAGCGCAUCUGACAACCGAGAAGGGUUAGUUGCUGCUCUGGGAUCCAAGAUUUUGGGUGGCUCUGAUGUCACCUUGGAGAGCUCUUUCUCGUCGUUGGAUGCCCUCAACACCUCGACGUUCUCUAAGGCUACAUCCUCUCUGCUCGCCUCUAAACCUACAUAUGUUGUUGUUGGAGACGCGCAUGCCCUUCCUUUCGCUGACGAGCUGGGGUUGUAAGUAGAUUCGAAAUACGGAUGGGCUAAUAGACGGCUACGUAUCAAAGACUUUUACUCCCUCAGGGUCUUGAGUUCACCAACUUUAAUGUCGU